AUGUCCAACGAUCGUCGCCUUAAAAACCUAAGGACCCGGCACAGGAGUUUGCUGGCAUCCUUCUCUAACAUCCGGGCAUUCGUUGAAACCUACGACGAAGAACAACACGAAUGUCAAGUUGCUGGUCGUCUAGAGCACCUGGUGUCGUUGUGGAAUGAUUUCAACGGAGUGCAAGCGGAGUUAGAAACUCUGGAUGAAGCCGAGAUCGACAACCAUCUGAAGCAACGCGUCGAGUUCGAAUUUUCAUUUUUCGAAGUCAAGGGAUUUCUGUUAUCGAAAAAUAAACAUUCUCCGUCGACGCCAGCAUCCUCAUCCUCUCAUUCUGCGCCUCAUAGCCCUGCUUGGUCGUCACACGUAAGACUACCCGACGUGAAACUUCCGGUCUUCAGCGGUAGCAUCGACAGUUGGCUAAAUUUUCAUGACUUGUUCGUCUCGCUGGUCCACUCUUCUCACGAACUUUCAAAUAUCCAAAAAUUCUAUUACCUCCGCUUUUCGCUAAGUGGAGAAGCCUUGAAGCUUAUCCAAACUAUCAAUAUCAGCACAAACAACUACAUCGUCGCUUGGACCCUUUUGGUUGAGCACUAUCAGAAGCCUGCACGGUUGAAGCAAUCGUAUGUGGAUUCCUUGUUCGAGUUUUCUUCUUUGAAGCGUGAAUCAUCUACGGAACUGCGUUUUCUUGUCGAAAGGUUUGAAGCAAAUGUGAAAUUCCUUACACAACUGGGGGAGAAAACGCAAUUUUGGGACAUCCUUUUGAUAAGAAUGCUUAGCAUCAGACUCGACCCGACUACUAGACGUGACUGGGAAGAACACUCAUCAACUCUAUCGACUGUUACUUUCCACGACCUCACGGAAUUCAUCCAGCGACGUGCCAGUGUCCUUGAAGCCCUUUCGAAAAACGUAGAACCAGUAUCGAACAAUGUCGUCAAGAAACCUCCUACGCGCGUGAUCGCCAGCCAUGGAGCAAAUCAAUCCAAUUUCCGAAAGUGUGUAGUUUGUUCCGACCACCAUCCGCUAUAUUUAUGCUCGACCUUUUCAAAGCUUAGUCUCGAAGAGAAGGAGAGGGAAGUCCGCCGACACCAGCUGUGCCGAAACUGUCUCAGAAAGGGCCACCAGGUUAAGGAUUGUUCUUCAACAAGUGUCUGCAGAUACUGCCGAAACCGUCACCACUCGCAGCUUUGUUCUACUGGAAUCUCCAAGACUUCCGACACAACGAAGCAACGACAACCAACUACUUCUUCGAACCCACCGCCGUCAGUGUCACUCUCUGCUGCUUCAGCCGAGGCUCCAUGUUUCACAACAUCCAAAACCAACCGCAAAACUAUUCUCCUGGCAACUGCAUUACUCACCCUCGUAGAUGACAACGGUACAGAGCACGUAGCCCGAGCACUUCUCGACUCCGGAAGUGAAUCUUGUUUCAUCACGCAAUCUUUCUCUCAGCUGAUCAAGGUCCAUCGUCAAAAGCUGAACUGUCCCAUCGUAGGAAUCGGCCAGUCCACAACGCAAGCUCGCUUCAAAAUUCGUUCUUCUAUUCGCUCCCGUGUGUGCCAGUACUCCCCCACAUUAGACUUUCUUGUGUUGCCAAAGGUCACUAUAGAUCUUCAAUCAACCGAAAUAAACGCAUCAUCGUUGAAGAUUCCACCUGAAAUAGAGCUAGCCGAUCCGUCCUUUCACAAAACCAGUCGAAUCGAUAUGAUUUUAGGCGCAGAAAUCUUUUUUGAGCUGUUCGAAACCUCCGGAAGAAUCAAUCUUGGUGAUGGCCAGCCAACACUCAUCAAUUCUGUCUUCGGAUGGGUUGUCUAG